AUGUCAGCUGUAAACAACACCAAAUUCAACUCUGCAUUGUUCCUUCUCACCGGGAUACCUGGACUGGAAGAUGUUCAUGUCUGGUUUUCUAUCCCCUUCUGCUUCAUGUAUGUUAUUUCGAUAGUAGGAAACUCAGUCAUUCUGUUCAUCAUCAAAACAGACCCAAGUCUCCAUGAGCCCAUGUACAUUUUCCUUUCCAUGUUGGCCCUCACAGACCUUGGCUUAUCGAUAGCCACCAUACCGACGAUACUGGGCAUAUAUUUGUUUAACUCUAGGGAGAUUAGCCUCAAUGUGUGUUUUGCCCAGCUGUUCUUCAUCCACUUCCUUCAGUGUAUUGAAUCCUCAGUGCUCUUGUUGAUGGCCAUUGACCGCUUCAUCGCCAUCUGUAACCCGCUGAGAUACACGUCCAUCUUAACCCCGCCGAGAGUAACCAAGAUGGGGCUGAUGUGUGUGUUAAGAGGGGUGGCCAUGAUUCUCCCACUCCCCCUGCUCCUGCAACGUUUCCAAUACUGCCGAUCCAAUGUCCUCUCCCAUUCCUACUGCCUGCACCAGGACGUCAUGAAGACGGCCUGUUCGGACAUCACAGUCAACAGCAUCUAUGGCUUGUUUGCUAAAAUCCUAACAAUGGGAUUGGACUUCUUGCUCAUCUUCCUCUCUUAUUUGAUGAUCCUCAAAACAGUGGUUAGCAUCGUGUCCCCCUCAAAGAGCUUCCGGGCCCUGAACACCUGCGUCUCCCACCUCUGCGCUGUCCUGAUUUUCUUCACACCAGAGAUUGGCUUGUCUGUGAUACACAGGUUCAUGAAGGACUCUUCUCCCAUGCUCAGUGUUCUCCUGGGCUACAUGUCCCUUCUGGUCCCACCCCUGAUGAAUCCAAUCGUGUACAGCGUGAAAAGCAAACACCUUCGUGCGAGGAUCAUCAGGGUGUUCAUCAAGUGA